CCACCGCGAAGCGUGGCCGGCCUGGCAACGGCUCCCGCAGCCUGGUCAGCGUAGGGCGGAGGAGGAGGAGGAGGAGGAGGAGGAGAUCUCUGGACCACUUCCCUGGGGGUGUUGUUCAAACGCGCGCAUAGGAAUCCAUCUGCGGGCCUGCGGGCUACGCCGGAACUACUCCGUCAAGAAAAUCGGCGGCGGCUCGCCGUAAAAAAAACGAAGUGGGCGCAAGAUCCAUGUGCUAGCAGCCAGCAAAAUUGUCUCAACUGUUGCCGCAAGCACUGCUAUCCUGCAUGCAUUGCUUUCCUCACAAAAAAAACUACUCCCUUCUGGAACAACAACUGGCUGUUGAAAUUGCAGACUGGGGCUCCGAGUAGCUGCAUGCAGCGGAUGAGUUUGCGUUUCGUCAAGGGUGUCCCAUCCAAUGCCUGCAACGAGACGCCACAGCUUUGGUAAGCCUCUCAAGAUUCAUGGGCAUGGACUUUCAGAGCGCACAUCUCAACACCGCGGCCGUUUGGCUGCAAAGGCAGAGCACCUUGUGCGCGACUUCGCAGAGCAAUUCAUGCAAGCGGAAAGGGCGCAGAAAGGGCGCCAUACACGCACGACUGACCCUACGCUGCCCAGCCAUGAAUCUUUGCCGCUGGGUCUGUCACACUGUCGUGCUGUGUUCCCCCUUCAAGCUGAAUUCUCCUUUCAACGAGCCCUCCCAUUCAGUCUCCUUUCCGCACCCCUCUUGGCGGGGCACGGUGAACGCCUGCCACCAGACAGGAAAACUGUUGCCAGCGCGGUGGACGUGUUCCACUCGGCGCGCAACAUGAACAAAAACCAGGUGCUGGCGCGGUAGACGUGGUCCACUCGGCGCACAACACAGCAUCGCUUACCCAACCCUGCACGUCCACCAUGCGGCCGCUCUGGGGCCAUGUGGGCCUCCUCAGGCUUCUGACCAGAAUCGCGAACCACUUCGAAAGCAUUAUAGAAGCCCUGCGGGCUCUAGGGCAGGAGGGCCAGAAUCUGUCACAACCGCAUGCGUACCUGAAUGGCGUGCGAUUGCCGUCCAAACAGCAUACAAUCAAAAGCUUCAAAUGUACUUUAAAACGCCUGGUACGCACAGUGCGCAGCGCUCAAAUGCGCUAGUUCGUGCCGAUCUCAGAGUACGCGCUGCCAGAUCUGAAUUACUAUUCGGUGAAGCCUUUCCGGGGUUCGCUUGGCGUUUUUCGCCAUUAUGGCUUGGAGACGGCCGGGGGCUCUGAACAGGCUGGGACCCCAGAAAAUCGGGCAGGAGGGGGGCAGGCCCAAUCCGCCCAACAUCGAC